GGAGACAGCAAGAUGGCUUCCAAGAAGCGAAAGUUAGAGGAGGACCGAUUGGAAAUUUUUCCCCAUCAAACUGAAAAGAUAGAAUCCAGAGAGAUGCUUAUUUAUAUCAUCCCUAAAAAGAUUCCAAAAGCAAGGCUCCAGGUGUUGAACAAUCUUGCGCAAAGAAAGGGAUUUCCAAUAACAGAAAAGUUCAGGUAAAAUUUGCAAAUAAGCUCACAAGCUUACAAUGUUGUGCAGUCAAAACGUAAACUAUUAAACGGCUGUGUGAUGUCUUUCCGUAAGCCAUUGCUUAAGCUAUGCGAAAAGGGCUCGGAAAUUGGAGAUCGUGCUUCAACAAACAGGAUCAGUACCAGCUAGCUGCCCCGGGGAGCUGAGGGGCAGGAGGGGUAAGGACGGUAAGGGUAAGGGGCACAAUAGAUAAUUUACCCUUAAGUGUCAACAAGCAAAUGCCCCAUACAUUUUAUGUUACUGUAUCACCCCCUUUAUUUUCAUUUUUUUUAAACUCCCCCCUUAUUUUAUUUUUAUUUUUAUUUUCAUGACAUUAUGUUUGGUAACAGGGAUCACUAUAAGAGGAAAAAAUUCAUGCUGGCCAUUCUUAAAGUAUGCAUAAAUAACAAUUAUUCACCGAAGUGGAGGUGGCUAGUCCUGAAUAUUUACCGAACUGCGAAGCAGUGAGGUAAAUAUUCACGACUAGCCACCGACACUGAGGUGAAUAAUUGUUUUAGUAUAUACUAAAACAGUGAGAUAAUUGAGCACAAAAAUGACGAUUUUUAACUCAAAUACUGUUGCCAACGAUUACAAUUUUGGCGCGUAAUGACCGGGCGGCCGCGGCCGUCGCUUUUUCUUGCCGACAAUUAAAACUUUUGAAGGCAUUUGUUUAGCUCUUGCGGGGAAAUUUCUUCAAAAGGAGUUGUGAAUUCUUUUUGUAUUUAAAAUCAUUCUAUAAAAAAAGAUUAUUAAAUUUAGUUUUAAGCUUAUUUAUGAACAACUCAACUAAAUAAAGUAAGCAAGACUUAAACUUAAUUUGCAUUCGUAAACAAAAACUUUUUCACCAGUUUUAUCGAUAAAUUCGUGUCAAAAAGACAAAGCUUUUACCUGUUAAAACUUCCAAUCCGAACUUCGUCACCUUCUUCGUGUAUUUCGGAAACAGCUUGCUUGAUUAGUUGUGAAAUUUCUAUGUUUGUUUAUGGCAGCAAACCGGGAAGGCAUUUUGCUCGCAACUUACGCGAGUUUGGCGUUGCUCGCUCAGAGGGACUGGAGGUGACUCAGUGAAUAGUGCAGGAUAUUCACUGAUUGAGUAGCCAAUCAGAGCGCGCGAAAAACACUAUCCACUGUUUUAGUAUAUACUAAAUAUGAAUACCCUGUUCUAGAACAGACAGCACAUGGGCUGCAACAUUUUCCUGUGAUAGUUUGUUUACUAAACUAUUUGUAAGUUUUCAUGUGUAUGAUACCCUAUUCUAGGUAACAUGCUGAGUCCUAAAAACACAAACUCUUUGGUCAGCACACCACCAUUUAAUUAUUUGGGAGAGUACUCUUACUUUCCUUGCUGGCCCCCUCCCCCUUCCACCCCGAGUGAGCAUGGAUCACACGGGCAUAGAAAACUUCCCAUUCUAUUAUAUCCCUUCUUUGACUAUUUCAUCCCUGGAUAAGCGGCAUUUUUGUUGUCUUCAUAGCAACUUGGUGACUCAUGUUGUGACAAGUUAUGAUUCCAGGGAGAAGGCUAUCUCUGCAUUAGAAUGGUAUGAAAUAAAUUAACCUCCUUAGGAUAAAGUUUUAUGCAGUAUUGUUCAUGUUAAAAUUUGUGAAAUCACCAAUCGGCAACACAAACGACUGACAAGUAACCAAAUGAAUUACCCAUCAGGGUUCUCAUUAAGUUUUAAAGUAGACAGCUAUGAUGUAAAAGUAGGCGGCUUAGUAAUCGAGUGCUGCGCAAGUGCUGUAGGCAUGUUGAGGCUUUCACUUUACCCUUUAUUCCCCAAAACUAGAUGGGUAGAAUUCAAUGUAGCCUGUGUUUUAGCUGGUUGGCAGCACUUAAUGAGAACCUUGCCUGGACAAUGUUAUAAUAUUUAACUAACAAGAAAACAAACUGAUUAGUUUCUGGUUAUAAUAUGGUGCAAUGACAAAGUUUAUGCUUGUAUAUUUUCAUCCCCAAUUUGCCCCACAUUCUUUUAUUGACAGUCCAUUGAGAUUUUCAAGUUCUUGAUGAAUUUAUGUGUUGGUGGGGGCAAGUGGUCAGUUUUUCCUGGUACUGUUUGAAAAAUAGAACUGUUGAAUGCUCUUGUCACUAUUUAUUGGCAGUAGAAUUAAGCAGGCAUAUUUUUUUUCACCAGGCAACCUGCAGAAAAUGUAGAAAUACUUAACUUACUGUCGAUUGUGAGUACUCUGUUUUGUACUGUUCUUAAUAUAAACCUAUAACUAUUUAAUUAUUGUUUAAGCCUACAUUGGAAGCUUUUCAUUGGGUGCAUGAGUUUUUUUGUUCUCAAAAUCACCAUGUCAAAACUGCCAUAUUGAAUAAUCAAUAUGCAAAACAGCAGAGAUGUUGAGGCAAGUCAAGGGAAAGGGGAAGGGGUAGGGAAAGAGAAUUCUCCCUCCUGCAUCCCCUUCUUUCACCCUAACACCUACCCCAAGGGAUGAUAUUUCUACUCUCUCCAAUCUUCCUCAGUCAUAAAAUCAAAGAUGGCGGCCAGUGGGAACAUAAACAAGCAAGCUUUCGCUCACCCAAAAAUAUGCCUGCGAUGCAGGAUAUCGUUGUUUUUCUAGUUGUGUGUGUAAUAUAUGUGGUAAAUAUUACUUAACAUGGAUUAAUAGAGGCAGCGUAUGAAAGGUUAUGAGUAAACCUUAAAGUUGAACCUUGCUUGAAACUUUUAUGUUUACUCACGACCUUUCAUACAUUGCCUCUGUUUUAGUAACACUCAUAAAAAUUGCAUAGCAGUAAAAAUCCACCUGUACAAAUACUGGUUGGGGGGGGGUUAAUCAAGGGAGCUGGGGUCCUUAGGAUGCCCUUGCACCACCCUUGCACCACUCUUCUUACUCCAGAUACUCAUUCUUUAACACAACACAGGUGUAAAACUACUCUCAGAUGCCAACUGCCUUAUAUCCCCCCUCCCUUCUUCGAGGUCAAAUCCUUGAUCUGCCCUUCUGAAAAGGCGUGAUUCAAUGGUAUUUAUUAGUGCUUUGUGUGUAAUUCACCAGGGCUGACUGACUGCACAACAGCAGGAAAAAUAGUGGAUGUUACUGAUAAAGUUAGAGUACAGGGAGCUACCACAGCUUCAUCAAACAAAGAAACUUUUAGGUAAAGGAUGAAGAGAAAGACAAAUGAUGCAAGUUUGAAACCUUUAAAAAGCCAUUGAUCUUUAAUAUUAUUGUUUCACUUUGUUUGUAUAACUUAUAAUUAAAGAGCAGAUUUGGAAAACAAGGAUGCAAGCAAAGAUGGUGAAUCUUGUGAGUAUCAGGUGAGGAAUUUGUAAGUAAAAAUGUAUUUACUGUCGUUAAAUUCAUUGACAGAGUACAAUUAGUUAACUAACAGAGGUUUUUUUAUAAUUUAAUUUUUUUGCAUUUUAAUCUUAGUUGUAUACACAGUCAUGCAUAAUGUGCAGAUAUAUGUAUAUUAAGAGUAAUUAAAAUCAAGUGAUUGCAGUGAACAAUGAUUACAAUUCUUUCUAGUUAUUUAAAAGUGGAUCCCUUUUUGUAAACUUUUUGCUUUUUAGGACACAAAGUUUGUGUGCCAAAGAGGAACACCACUAAAUCACCACAAUACCAAGUUCACUGUAAGUUAUAUAAUUUAAGAGAUCAAUAAUUAUGAUAAAGUAAUAUAAUAUAUGAUAUUAUAUGAUAGAAUAAAAUUUCCAAUCGAAUAAUCUGGCUUAACCAAAGUUUUUAAUUUUCUUGUCAAGGAUGCACUUGAAAUUCUGGAACGCCAUGUCGUGUAUGUUGACAGUGGACAGAGAGAUUCUAGAGCACUUGCCUUCAGAAGAGCGGCUUGUGCACUCAAGUCUUAUCCAAAGUAUGUUACUCAAUUAUUUACAAAUAGUACAGAUCCUUUUAUUCAAGCAAUGCAGCUGUUUCUAAAGCAAAAAGGGAGCUAUAAGUUGUUGGGUGGAAGCAUGCCAACUUAAUGUUACAGAUAUUAUGCCAUCUGCAAAAUAACAGCAAUUUUUUUGGAGUUAUUAAUAGUUAGGGUCAAUCCUUAUGGUGCAUUCAAACCAGAAUUAGAUGUCUUUGAGGCUUUUGGUAUGCCUUGUGUCAAACCAUCCUAUUUAUUUGCAUCCAGUUGUAAUCUAUUUAGCUUAUCUGAUUCAGUCCAUGUGGUGAGAAGGUCUAGUCAUAUCCCCAGGUUAGGGUGCAAAGAAGUGACAACAGGCUUGCAGAAAAAGAAAAAUGAAAAAAAUUUUUUGGCAACAAAGAAAAUAGUAAAUUGGACUUUCAAGGUAUAUAUAAUUUUGGGAGAGGCAGUUUUAUUGUCAGCUCUGUUUCAGGCAGAUCAGUAGAAUUGAAGAAGCAGCGAACCUGAGCAGUGUAGGAAAUCACAGUAAAAAAGUCAUUCAGGUAAGUGGGUUAGUGUGCUUAAAUCAUAUAUGGCUGUACAAAUAAUUAAUUUUCCUGUUGGUCUUUCUCUGGUUUUCCAUUUUUCUUUCUCAAAAUUAAUGGAAUCAGGCUUGUAAUAUUGUGAAACAUUUUAUUUUGCCUAUGUCAAAACAGGAUAUUCUAGAAAAUGGUUCAUCUGUAGAAGUUCAAGACAUCCUAUCCAGUGACUUCUUUAAGUCGAUGGAGGUUUGUUUUCAGAUAUUUCUGUUAAUCCUGGGCAGAGCUUGCCUUAAUAAAUUGUUAAUAAAUAGGCCAGACAGGCAUUUUUCCAGCUAGACAGAUGGGAUUCAUUCAGAUACUAAGGUCAUGCCAUAAAUUAGUUGGCGACUAAAUCAUCCACACAGUUUGUUAACAUCAAAAUCUUGCCAGUAGGUUCAUAAAGUUUCAACAUCUUCCCAGCAAAAACGUCAGAUUACAAUGUCAGCAUCUUGUCAGCAAGAUCUUGAAGUUUCAACAUCUUGCCAUUAAAGUUUAUCAUCUUGUUAUUAAAUGAACCUAUGUUAUAAUAUCUGAUCACUGGUUGUUUAUUAACUGGGCCUUUACUGCAUCAAUAAUUCACUUAACCAUAAAACAGUAAACUUUUGAGUGGCAAAAUUAUUAUAUCAUUGAACAAAGAGCUUAUUAAUUAGUGGAUUCUGAAAAAUAUUCUGCUUAAUUAGAUAUUCUCAUCUAUAUAUGGAUGUGGACCUGCUACAGCUCGAAAGUGGUACGAGAAAGGUCAUCGAAACAUGUUUGACAUCAUUCAAGCUGUGAAAAAUGGAAUGAAACUCACAGAACAGCAGACAAUGGGUAAAGUAUUUUUGUUAUUCUAAAUAACAAUACUGUGGUUCAGCAUCAUUACAGUGAGAAUGUAAGUUUUAUUCAUUUUUGAGUUGUCAUCUUACUGGUCAUCAAUUAGUUUUGCAGGAUCGUGUUGAUUUUGUCGAGUUUGUUGCUGCAGUGUUUUGUUACUCUUAUCCCAGCUUGGGGUGUCAACUGUGGCAACAUUUUGCUUUCAGUUAUGAUGCUUAAAUUAAGUACAGAUUAACGUUAUUUUAUAGGUUUAAAGUAUUAUGAUGAUUUAAUUCAACCUGUUCCAAGAGAAGAAGCCAUUUGUAUUAAAAACAUUGUGGCAAAAGAGGUCAGUUAAACGUCAUCUUCAACAUAUGAUUUCAUGACACCAUAUUUGGGGUAGAGAAUCAGGUCCCUCCAAAAAUGUGGGUCAAGGAAUAUUAGCCUGAUCUUGAAACCUCAGAAGCGUUUGUUGAUAGGUCGCAAAGUCUCAUUCUUGGGUGAUUUUGCAUCUCAGAGUCUUGGUCAUGAAUUUUGAAACUGGGGUCUUGCAAAUCUCAAAUUUACCGUUCUAGACCCCUAUAUUUGACUGUCAUUAUGUUAUCACAACAUCACCCAUGAUGGAGAGUAAUACUAUUUUAUAAGACUAUUUAAAAGGCUCAUUAUUAUCAAUUUUUCAUUUCAUAGUUAAACAGUAUCCAGCCAAACUGUACAGUGGAACUAGUUGGAGGGUACCGCAGGUGACCAUACAAUGUACAUGUUUCUUUCACUCAAUUCUUUCAUAAAAAGUGUAUGAUUUUACUUCUACAGCAAAUAGUCAACAAAUAGAUUACAGUUUUGAACUUUUUGACCUCAUUUCUAUGACCUGUAAGAGUUUAGACAAUGGAAAAUUGUCUUUUUAUUGAAACUCUUAUAACAUGAAAAGCUUUGGACAUCCAUUAUUUCUGCCAAAGUUAAUUCUUCAAAAAUCACAUGCAAGAGACAAGAAAAAAAUUGUGCCAUUUUUUUUAAAAUUUAUUUCCAUGGACAAUUAGACGAUGACUCUCAACCAGUGAGUAUGUGAGAUGUUGCCCAGUUGUUUUAAAAUAAAUAGUCUUUAAGCUUAGCAAUAGUUUGUUUCUGUCCCAAUCUUUUCUAGAGGUAAACCAUCAGGACACGAUGUGGACAUUUUGAUCACCCAUAAAGAUGUCCACCGAGUUGAAGGAUUGCUAGUAAAGCUUGUUGAAAGGCUUGAUAAGCUGGUAAGGACAUAAAGAAACAAUAAAUCAAAGCCAAAUUAGAGGGAUUCAAAGGAUUUUUACAGCUAAAACACUUUUUGAGCAUUUGUUUGUUAACAAAGUGAAUGUUCUUUUUUUCCUUUUCAGGGUCACAUGGUUCACAAGGACUUAAUGGUUGGUCGGAAUUCAGCUCUUGGUGGAAGCCAAAAGUAUGUUGCAACAAAAUAAAGACUUCAAUUUGAAAGCCUUGACAAUAUUCUCCCACCUAAUGGGAUACUGACAUCAACAUGACAUAGCUACAUUAUCUGGUAAUGUAGCCAUUGUACUUCAACAGUUAUUACUAACAUUUUUUUGGUGCUCUGGUGGUCAGCAUAUUUGUGUUUCCUUACUUAGUUUUGAGGGUUGUAAGAGAGAGAUAUUUAAAAGAGACCAAUGUUAAAAAAAAACCUAGCGACCCAAAUACAUCGAGACAAAACACUAUAAACUCUGUAAGGGGAAGUGGGGGGGAGUCUUAAUGGCCAAAAAUUUAUUGAAGAAAAAUAUCAUCAAGGCCUUAAUUGGUAGCAGUGUUAAAGGCAUCUGAAUGGACUACCUAACCCUGAUAUGAAUAAAUAUUAAGGUCUCUCUCUCUCUUAUGAAGCAUAUCUUAGUUUAUAUCUCUGUCAGCAAGUUAAAUUAUCUAUUUUAUUUGGGCAAAAUAACAAUUUUAAUUUUUUUCCUUGUUGCCAUCUCCUCCAGACUAAUCUACAUAAAAUGCUGAAACAAAAUAUGUACAAUGUUCAAAUAUAAAGGCAAACUAAUGGAAAAAAUUAACCUAAAAAAACUACAAACCUAGACAAUAAAUUAUUGUCCCCUGAAUGGCCAGGAGUGUUUAAAAGGAAGAAAAUCACAUUAAUGGGCUUGGUCAGUGAUAUUUUCUCCCUUGCUUAGACACACGGUGGGCCACGUGGAUAAUCUUGACCACUGCUUCUGUAUGUUUCAACUGACAACAAUGACAUUGGCAUCGUCAGAGAGUGAUUCACCAAUGGGUUCAACGAGGAAUGGAGGAUCGUGCACUGAUGACUUCCAAGAGGGAAGGGGUGGAAGAGCAGUUAGAAGAGUUGACCUGAUUGUGACUCCACCCAAUCAAUUCCCAUUUUCUUUGCUAGGAUGGACAGGUUCUAAGGUGUGUACACCAGCUUCUGUCAAUAAUAAACUGUUAUCAUAAUGCAACCCUUAAAGUGGUCUCCUCUGGCUCUUUCAAAAACUUGAGGCACCAAAUUGACUUAUUGUGUGCUCAAUUUUUGCAUUAACAUCUGUUGUUAUUUUGAAACAAUUUUUAGGACUUGUAUUAGUGACGUAUUAUGAUUGAUGAUGUUACUGUCAAUAAUUAUGCAACUGUUUUUCUUGUCUAGCAAUUUAACCGCUCAAUAAGGGACUAUGCCUGGAAAAUAUUGAAAAUCAAGUUAUCGAACCACGGAAUGUGGGAUCAUAACCAAGUGGUAAGUUCUUGUGUUCUUAAGAACAGGGGAUCAUAGAUGUCACUAUGCUGCACUUACCAAUAAUCAUCUUCUUUUGACUAUACAUGUACAAGUCCAAAGAAGAGUUAGAUGCUCCCUUUUUAAGGCUUCAAAGUACUUUGAACAAUUCCUGCCAACAAGUGGGGAAAAUAUAGGAUGAAAACAACUGAAGCACAUCUUACUCCCUAAUAAAUUUUAUUUAGUUGUUUUAAUUAUGUGAAUAAUUUAACUGACUCAUUCUGACAAAGGGCUAGUGCUGUAAAUUUCAGCCUCUGAAUUUCCUCACAGUGGCCAAUGUAUUUUAUCAACCAAACUUGUUUUUUACUUUCCCACAAUAGCAUGUAGAACAGGUGUUUUGAGGAGGGGUUUUUCAGGUGAGUGGAGCAUGAAACAAUAGCCUUCCUCCGUUUCAGGUCUCGUGCUUCACGUCUGCUUUAGGUUGGCCUUUAUCAUUUGCCCCUGCAUGGCAGGCGCCAGUUAGUUUUAUGGUUUUUUUAUACGUGCAUCCUCAAAAUUUCUCCCUUUGCUCUGAAAAUUCUGGCAACUAUGUUCAUGCGAAAAAACGUGAAAAAUCGUAAUGCUUGUUCUGUAGGCUAGCCCACCAAGGCAGCCCUACAGUUUUCUUAGAAGCAAACCCCUUACAUAUAACAUGGCUUUUCUUCUUUACAGCCUCCUUGUCUCCUUGAAGCAAAGUCAGAAGAAGAGAUAUUUGCCACGCUGAAACUUGAAUACAGGCAACCAGAGGACAGGAAUGCAUAAAGUUAUCAUUUAUUUCAACAAUCAAUCAAUUAUCACUCUUAUUUCCUCACAUCUUUGUAAUUAUACAGCAAUGUUUUUCUGUCAUUGCAUUACACAAACAACAUACAUUUUACUCACACUUGUAUGGUUGAAAGGCACAAACUAUGACGGUGUUUGACUUAAACCUCAGAGUCACUUUCUCUAUUCUUUAAUAUAAGUAAAAGGAAUUGCAACCUCCGAAUAACUUUCUUUGCGGGAAGUUUUGCUCAAUAUUAUUUUUCAGAUCAUAAGUAAAACUGAAAAAUUACAAAAUUUACCACCUGCGAAAUUUUCCAACAAAUUAAUGGAGAACUACUUGUAUUGAGGAAGAAGGGCGCUAACAAAAAUAACCCAGCUGCUUGAAAAAUGACAAAAUAAUUUAUUAAAGCCACUUCACUGUGAUUAAUUUACAUCCAAGACUGAAUUUGGCUGGUUAAUCACAUGCAAAUGACUUUACAAAAAUAUAAUCUUAUUAUUAUUAUUAAAAAUGCAUGUGCAAUAUACUUAGAUAAAUUUCCUUAUGUUUCAACACAAUUUCUGAACCAACAUUUAGAUAAUUUAGAAUAGUUUAUGCCUCUUUUUUGACAAAAAUGGCUACACUGUACUGCUGUGUCAUUUCUGGAAAACAAAUACAUCACAUUAUUUCUUUCUUAUCUCUCAAUGCAUCUUUC